GUGAUAUGACGACAUUGGGAGGGGUAUUAACGUCUUAUAUAAAGCUGUGAACGGGGAGACAUAAGACAGUUCAACUUACAUUUUGACAAGAAGACUUCUGUCAGCAUGGGUUCUCUCGUCCGUGUGGUAGUGUGUGUGCUGAUGUUGGUGGUUGUGUGUCGAGCUCAGUGCUUCUUCCAGGAGCUGGAGACCAAAGACCCCAAGACUCCAGCAAAGGGGUGUGUGGAUAAGGAGGGAAAGCAGCAUGUGUUUGGUUCUUCAUGGGUGAAGGACUGCUAUGACUGUUCCUGCUCCGUGCGAGGCAUCGGAUGCUGCAACAGGAUCCCAGAGGUGGUGGAUCUCUCAGCAGAGUGUGAGCUGGUGGUGGACAGAAAAGCCUGCUCACACAGAGUGGUGAUGAAGUCAGACAAGACCAAGGACUGUAACAGAUCCUUCAGUAUGGUCUUAUAAAAAUGUCUGCAUGGUUGCAUGUACACACCAACAUGUAUAGAUGGAACUUACAUCCAAUAAAACAAGGCAACAGUGAA